AUGGCUACUUCUUCUAAAGUUACUGAAAUCGAUAUACAACCAUGUGAAAUUGAAAGCUGCCAACGUACCUCGGCUACACUUUGUCAUCACUGCAAGAAAAAUGUGUGUCGACGUCACUUCAUUGAACAUGCAGAUCAGCUUGUACAAGAACUUAAUCCAUUAGCCGAUAGUAUUAAUAAAUUGCGUGAGAAAAUUAACUCUUUUGGUAUACAAGAGUAUAAGCAGAAGGAACUUGAAAAAUUAAUUCGAUGGCACGAUGAAGCUAUAAACAAUAUUAAUGAUUUAUUUGAAUUGAAGAAGCAAAAGCUUGAUCUAUUAUUCCAAGAUAAUGAAGAGAUCUUUCUACAACAAACGGCUGGUCACCUGAAAGUAAUUAAUAGAUUGACGAACGAAACAGCAAAUUUUGUCGAAGAAAGCGAUGUUACAUUUGAACAGUUACAGAUACUAAAACAACAAUUACAUGUAUUAGAAGAUUUUGUUAAAGAAACACACAAUCGUCUCGUCUACUGUGAUAUAAAACCAUUAUUGAUUGAUUAUAACUUGGUUCUUUUACAAUCUGCAACAAAUAAUUACAUGCGAGGAGGUACACUUCUGUGCGCUGACUAUCAAAUGAGGUUGAAUGAUUUUUAUGGUAAUGCAAGACAAAAAUGGGAAAUGAUCUACAAAGGAACAAAAGACAGUUUUCGUGAACAAGACUUUCAUCGCUGUUCGGAUAACAAGGGGCCUACAAUAACUAUUAUACAGACAAAAAAUAAUAACUAUCUAUUUGGAGGUUAUGCAGAAAUACAUUGGGACUGUGACGGCUACUACAAACAUGAUCCGGCCGCGUUUCUAUUCACUUUGACAAACCCAUUUGGUAUACAGCCAACUAAAUUUUUCAAGAAUUUUAAUGGUACGUUCGCUCUUUGUCAUGCAAAGAAUAGAGGUCCCCAUUUUGGCGGAGCUAUACGAGACGAAAAACACUUCUGUGACUUUCUAAUAUGUGACAACGCACACAAGCUCAAAUACUCAACUAGCGACUUUCCCACAGCUUACAUUGAUACUACUGGAAAAGGUGAAACGCUUUUUGCCGGAGAAAAAAACUUUUUGGUGCAAGAGAUCGAAGUUUAUAAGCGCAAGGAUGAGGAUGAAGAUAAAGCUGCGAAUGAGAAUGAAAGUGAUAGAUGA